GAUCGUGUAGAAUAGUACUACUCAGACGUACCGACUCUACCGAGUACCCGCGGGUCUCUAUUUUUCUCUCUUCAAACUCUAAUUUUCCUUCACUUUCUCAGCAUCCAAACACCAUUAAAAAGACGACAACAUUUUCUUAAAAUUCAAGCUCUUUAUAACCUCAAAUUCUUAAAUUGAGACCCGAGUUCUCCAAUUUUAUGUUUAUUUAUCAUUCACUAAUGGUUCAAAUAGCAUCAUAAUUAGGGAUUUUAAAUGGGGGUUUCAUUUAAGGUUUCAAAAAAGGGGACUAGGUUUCAUCCAAAGCCGGUUACUCUACCGGAGCCAGCUCAUGCUGACGUGGCUUCAGAGAAUUCCAAGGAAAGCUCCAUAAAACGAAAGCUUCAGGUUGACGUUGCUGGAGGCGGUGAGGACCUCUCCGUUGUUUCGGGUUCAUCCAUUUCCGAGCAUGAAGUUUCAUUCACAUUGAACCUCUACCAGGAUGGAUAUUUAAUUGGAAAGCCCUCUGAGAAUGCAGCUGCACAUCAGGCUUUACUCCAAGAUGCUUCAAAAUUAUUGCAUCCGUAUGAUAAGACAUCUGAAACUCUCUUUUCGGCAAUUGAGUCUGGCCGGUUGCCUGGAGAUAUUCGGGAUGAUAUACCAUGCAAAUUUAUUAAUGGCACACUCAUGUGUGAGGUGCGAGAUUAUAGAAAAUCUGUUUCUCAGCAAGGGUCUAGUAUUCCAUCUAUGGAUGGGCUUCCUACUGUAAAUAGAGUAUGCCUCAGGAUGUCCUUGGAGAAUGUAGUGAAAGAUAUUCCGUUGGUUUCAGAUGAUUCUUGGACUUAUGGUAAUUUAAUGGAAGUGGAGUCCCGGAUAUUGAAAGCAUUGCAGCCAAAACUUUGUCUAGAUCCUACUCCGAAAUUGGAUAGGCUUUGUGAUGACCCAACUCUCCCAAAGCUCAAUUUAGGUCUGACCAGCUUGCGAAGAAAAAGAUCAAGGCAGAUGCCUGAAGUAACUGUCACAUCGAGCAGCCGAAUCCAUGGGAAGAAAGUUUGCAUAGAUCGGGUACCAGAAAGCUCUAACAGUAGGUUAGGAGAUUCAGGAACAAUUUCUGGAAAUAUGAUGCCACAAAGUGUUCCAGAGAAUCUGACUACUCAAAACUUCGGUCCAAGUAAUGUGUUGCCCGUAGGAACUAGAAGUUUUGCACCAGAUGGAAAUGUUCCUGCAAUGCCUUUGGUAGCACAGCAACAAAGGUACCAAAUGGGAGUGGGAACCACAAGAAGUAUGCACGAUCAAGGGUCAGGGUCUCUUGUUAACAUUUCAGGAGCUUCCCCUGCUGGGCAGGAUAUGAUGAUUACAUACGGUGACAGUAUGAUGAAUCACGGUGCUUCACUUCAUGGUAAAAGGGAGAACCAAGAUGCGCAGUCCAAUUUCAAUAAGAGAGCAAGACAUACACCAGCUGCUCCUGAUGGAAUUCAACAGCAGCAGAUAGGGCAACACAUGGAUAGCUUUACUGCAUCAGAUUUGAACUGGAAAAAUUCUUUAUUGCAGCACCAAACAAUGGCAAGAGGAACUCACUAUGCUAAUUCAGGCACUCAAAAGUAUACCCAACAGAUGUUUGAGGGGGUUAUAAAUCAAAAUGCUGUGCCGGCAUCAUUCUCAUCUGCACAGCCUGGUGCAAGAUUUGGUCCCAAGGAAGAACAGUUUGAUACCGAAAAGCUGGGUUCGGAUCUCAGUCAAAGUAAAAAUGAUAUGCAGCAGAUCAUGGAGACAGAAAUAGGCCAUCUUGAUCCACAGGUGUCACGGCUACAACAAAGAUUACCGCCAUAUCAUUUGAGAGGCAAUUUCUCCCAGACAGCAUGGAACAAUAAUAUAAGUCAAGAUUCGAGGAAGGAGGAUCAGCUUCACAAGAGGAAAACUGUCCAAAGUCCUCGGUUAUCUGCUGGGAAUUUGCCUCAAUCACCAUUGUCAUCUAAAUCUGGAGAAUUUUCUAGUGGUUCUGCUGGAAACCACUUUGGUGCUGCUGCAGCAAAUGCUUUUGGUUCAUCUCAAAAGGAGAAGUCAGUUGUCACUUCGGUUCCUGCUGUUGGUGGGACCCCGUCCUUGACUUCCAGUGCGAAUGAUUCCUUGCACCGGCAUCAGCAGACCCAACUCACUGCAAAGCGGAAAUCCAACUCCCUGCCCAAAACCCCAGUAAUGAGUGGGGUUGGCUCCCCUGCAAGUGUUAGUAAUAUAAGUGUUCCGUUAAAUGCCACUAGUCCUUCAGUUGGAACCCCGCCUAUAGCUGAUCAAACGGUACUUGAAAGGUUCUCAAAGAUUGAGAUGGUAACUAUGAGGCAUCAACUCAACAGCAAGAAAAAUAAAGUCAAUGAUUGCCCUGUCCGAAAAUCCAACACGUUUUCACCUCAAAACUUGAUGCUUUGUCUCUCAAAUUUAAACAACACUGAAGAUUCAAAGGACGAUUCUAGUGCAAGGCAAUUGUCAAAGUCAAUUGUAGGUGGCAGCAUGAAUGUCCCCAAGAUGAGAAUUAUGAAUUUUAUGCUGGCUGAUCGUAUAGUUCAAGGGAAUGUUGUUUCUUAUGUCUCCCGGGUGCGGAGUAGAAUGAUAAUGUCAGAGAAGCCAAAUGAUAGUACAGUAGCAAUGCUUUAUGGAGAAGCAGAGGAUGGCGAUUUCCUGGCUGCAGAGGAGUAUCUUCCCACAUUGCCGAAUACUCACUUUGCGGAUUUGCUUGCAGCACAAUUUUGUUCAUUGAUGAUACGAGAUGGAUAUCUUGUGGAAGAUAAUAUUCGGCCAAAGCCUAUUCGCAUGCAUGUCGGCUCAAGUAGCCAACCAAAUGCCUCUGGAAUUCCUCCUAACAGUUCAUCGGUUGAGGUUCAGCAGCAAUACAAUGACGGCAUUCCAGUUCAGGCAUCCAAUGACGUAAAGCCAAAUCUUAGUGGUAAUGCAUCCAUGAAUUUAUCCCAGAAUCUAUUGGCGAAUGCGAGGAUGCUGCCUCCUGGAAACUCUCAAGCGUUACAGAUGUCUCAAGGUCUCCUAUCAGCCGUUUCAAUGCCAGCACGGGCGCAACAUCUAGACCCUCAACAAUCUCUUCAGCAGCAGCCACAAUUGCAGCAACAAUCUCAACAGCAACAAAAUCAACAUUCGUUGGUUCAACAGCAUUCACAAUUCCAACGGCAGCAAAUGGUGCUUCCAUCUCUCUCUCACUUGAACACACUCGGGCAGAAUUCAAACAUGCAGCUAGGCAACCAAAUGCUCAACAAACCUUCUCACAUCCAGCUUCAGCUAUUCCAGCAGCAGCAGCAGCAACAGCUGCAACCCCAGCAGCAGCAGCAGCAGCAACAGCAACAGCAACAGCAACAGCAACAGCAACAACAACAGCAGCCACAGCAGCAGCAGCAGCAGCCUCAGAUGCAACAGAGGAAAAUGAUGAUGGGUCUUGGGACAGCAAUGGGAAUGGGAAAUAUGGGCAACAAUUUGACCGGCCUAGGAGGUUUGAGCAAUUCCAUGGGAAUUGGAAGUGCAAGAGGAAUAGCAGGACCUGGAAUCUCGGGACCAAUGGCUUCUAUAUCGGGUAUGGGUAAUGUGGGUCAGAACCCGCUGAAUCUGAGCCAAAAUACAAAUAUCGCCAAUGCUAUAAGUCAACAUAUGCGUGCUGGAAGUAUGACUCCGCAACAAGCUGCUAUGCUGGCUUCAAAAUUAAGGAUGGCACAGAGUAGAACAGGCAUGCUAGGGGGCCAACAAUCCGGUAUAGCUGGGAUGUCAGGAGCCAGACAGAUGCACCCAAGCCCUGCAAGUCUUUCAAUGCUGGGCCAGUCUCUGAACCGUGCUAACAUCAACCCAAUGCAACGGAGUGGAAUGGGGCCUAUGGGUCCUCCGAAAUUGAUGGCAGGAAUGAACUUCUAUAUGAGCCAACAGCAACAACAGCAGCAGCAGCUGCAAUUGCAACAGCAACAACAGUUCCAGCAGCAGCAGCAGCAGCAGCAGCAACAACAACAACAAUUACAACAACUACAACAGCAGCAAUUACAGCAGCAGCAGCAACAACAACAGCUGCAACAGCAGCAGCAGCUGCCGCAAGAUCAAUCCUCGUCGCUACAGUCUGUUGUUACACCUCCACAGGUAGGCUCACCGUCUACCAUGGGAAUUCCACAACUGAAUCAACAGCAGCAACCUCAGCAACAGCCUAGUCCACAGCAAAUGAGCCAGCGAACACCAAUGAGCCCUCAAAUUAGUUCUGGAGCAAUCCAUGGAAUGAGUGCUGGAAAUCCAGAGGCGUGUCCUGCCAGUCCGCAGUUGAGCUCUCAGACUCUUGGCUCAGUUGGAAGCAUCACAAACUCCCCAAUGGAACUUCAAGGUGUAAACAAAAGCAACUCAGUUAAUAACUCAUAAAAUAGUUCAUCUUACUGUUUUGAAGCUAAACCCUGUUGAAACAGAAAGCUGUGGUGCUAGGAGAAGACAUUUAAUGUCAUCCUUUUAGCUGGAAGAAAAAGAAUUCUGACUGUAGUUAAAACUAGAUAAUGUAAGUUAUAGAAUAGUGAUAGUAAUUUGUAAGAAACAGAGUGGUAUAAUGCAUGUGCUUUAAAUGAGUUUGCA